CACUAACCCAUGUGCCAGGCAGCCCUGGCCCGCGCUCGGCGAGCCGGCCGGAGUCGGCCCCUGCCACUGAGGCAGGGAGGAGGGAGGAAUCGCCAUGGCCUCGCGCCGGCGGGCCCGGCACGCCGGCCCUCCCGACGGAGGCUGGGGUUGGAUGAUCGUUGCUGGCUGCUUCCUUGUCACUAUCUGUACCAGGGCCGUGACGAGGUGCAUCUCCAUUUUUUUUGUGGAGUUCCAGGCAUACUUUGGGCAGGAUUAUGCCAGAACGGCUUGGAUCCACUCCAUCGUUGACUGUGCUACGAUGCUCUGUGCCCCGCUUGGGAGUUUAAUCAGUAAUCAUGUAUCCUGCCAAGUUGGUAUCAUUCUAGGAGGGCUGCUUGCAUCUGCUGGACUAAUUCUGAGUUCAUUCGCCACCAGCCUGGAACAUCUCUACUUAUCAUUAGGAGUCCUUACAGGACUUGGGUUUGCACUCUGUUACUCUCCAGCCAUCGCGAUGGUGGGCAAAUAUUUCAACAAAAGAAAAGCGUUGGCAUAUGGAAUAGCCAUGUCAGGAAGUGGAAUCGGUACCUUCAUCCUGGCCCCUGUGGUCCAGCUCUUAAUCGAGCAGUUUUCCUGGCGUGGAGCUUUACUCAUCCUGGGAGGUUUUGUUUUAAACCUCUGUGUCUGUGGUGCCUUGAUGCGGCCUAUUGCUCUUAAGGAGGACCAUAAAACUGCUCCUGAGUUUCUUGAACAAGAUUAUGUCCCCAAAGCACAGAAACGAGACUUAAAGCGAAUGUCCAUCUGUUCACCUUUAAUCAAAGUGUGGUCUCAUGAAUGUUUAUGCUACUGUUCAUGGAAGGAAUAUGACUUUUUACUGAUGCCAGACUUCAUGGUGCUGGCAGUGUCGAUUUUAUUUAUGGCAUAUGGCUGUAGCCCUCUUUUUGUCUACCUAGUGCCUUAUGCUUUGAGCGUUGGAGUGAGUCAUCACCAGGCCGCCUUCCUCAUGUCCAUACUUGGUGUCAUAGACAUCAUCGGUAAUAUCACCUUUGGAUGGCUAACAGACAGAAGGUGUCUGAAGAAGCAUCGGCACUUUUGCUACCUCUUUGCUGUGGGAAUGGAUGGCCUCUGUUGUCUUUUCCUGCCAGUUCUCCAAAACUUCCCCUUGCUUGUGCCUUUCUCAUUUACCUUUGGCUACUUUGAUGGAGCCUAUGUAACGCUGAUCCCUGUUGUGACAGCAGAUGUAGUGGGAACUUCUUCCUUAUCAUCUGCACUGGGUGUCGUGUAUUUUCUGCAUGCCAUACCUUAUCUAGUGAGCCCGCCUGUUGCAGGUUGGCUUGUGGACACAACUGGCAGCUAUACUGCAUCAUUCCUUCUGUGUGGAUUUUCUAUGAUAUUUAGUUCAAUGUUAUUGUGCUUUGCAAGACUAGCAAAGAAAAUCAAAAGAGCGCAUUUGCGGUCACUCACCAAUGAUACUGGCACCAAACAGCACAUCUGGACAAAUGGAGCAAUAGCUUAUUCUGUCACAGCAGAAUUAGACCAAAAGAAUUUUGAAUUUUUGGCUGCAGAUACAAACAGCUACAGCAACAGAUGACAAGCGCCGUCAGGAUCAGCACUGCACAGCUAUGACUGAGACAGAGGUGGCUCUGUAGUGUUAAUGCUA